AGACAUCUUUAAUACUUCUAUACCUUGUGUAAUUGAUAGGUGAUAGCGGGAAUAGAUAGUCCUUCACUUUGGAGCAAUAUAUGGUCUUUGAGCGCUUCAAUUCUUGUACAUGUUAUCGUGGCUUUUGCUGUCAUGCUUUACUACAUGAAGAUCAUUUUCCGUUUAAGUGGGAACCGGUUGAGAUGGUGGUUGACGGGUUUCAUUGCGAUUCCUGUGACCUUGCAUCUUGCUUUUGGAUUGGAAUUCUCCGUUCGCAUGUUCUUGUCCCCAAAGUUGGCGGGAUCUCAAGCGUUUAUUAGUAGCUCCAUUCUACCUUUCUAUAUUCUUCAAAUAAUUGCAGAUGGGCUUAUUGCAGUCGCACUCUGUGUACUUUUGCACAUUAAACGGACUGGUUUCAAGAGGACGGGUCACAUGCUCAAUGCAUUGAUGAUAUAUGCUGCCAGUAGGGGCUUAGUAACCUGUCUGGUCGCUUUUGUCAUGGUCCUUGCGCUCGUCAUAAGUCCUGAUCAGUUGUGGUAUUGUGGGGCCGAAUUUACCAUAGUCGGCCUUUAUACAAACUCUCUCAUGACAAUGAUAAAUACAAGACACUCUUCAAUACAGGCUGGGGAAAGGCCUCCUGCAGACAAUGUCGACCAAGAAUCCCCCUUUGACUUACUACCUGGUGGGAGAGAUCGAGGUAGCAUUUACAUAGGAGGCAGGAGUGCAAAUAUUGAGGUCAUUGCACUUGAUAAAAAAGUGACGAAUCACGGUGAAAAUAAUAAGUUGCACAUAGGCAAAGUCAAACAAGUAGUAGUAUAAAUUUGGUGGUUUCGCCAAUUUUCUGUUCCACCCCUUAUGCACUAUGUUUUCUCUUAGGCUUAACCUUAACUUAUUUUUGUGAAGUGCCUACAAUGUAUACAGUAGGACCGGCAUUUGAGCCAGUCAAAAUACUUGCGAAUU